AUGGGCGCCUUUGGUGCACUUAAACGGAGCCUGAGCAGACCGGCCAAGGAGACCAGCACCUCCGAGCAGCUCCAAAAAGACAUGGCGCCAAUUCUGGAGAAGCUGCGAGAUGAGAAAAGUGCUCCGCCUCCUUCUGUGGUCGUCUCAUGGGUCCUGAAAGAGGUGUCUGAGUGCGAUUUGAGCGACAGGUUCGACCGCAACGUCCAGAUGAAGGUGCACGCAGCACGCCUGCUUGGCUGCUGGCGUGAAUACGGAGCUCACUUUGCGAUAUCCUUUGCACAGCGUCUGGUCCAGGCUGUGCAGGAUUUGGGAACGGAAGGCAUGCGCUCGGAGAAAGGACAGCGCUUGGCCUGCUUCUUGGUGAAUCUUCUUGACGGAGAGAAUGGCAGUCCCUUUCACAUCAAGAACGGUUCGCAAGAGCUUUGGCGUCCUGUCCUGGAAGAGCUUGGCCAGCUUCAGCUGACUCGUGAGAAGGACUGGUCGUCGGAGGCAGCAUCACACGCGAGAGAGGAGACUGCAGAUCUGCUAAACAAAAUGGUUGCUCAUGCAAGCAAGGGGCGGAUGUGCAGUCUGUGCGGCGACAUUGUGAACAAACAGAGCGACAUGAAAAUCGAGAUGAAGAGUCUGUCGAGGACCGUUCUGGGGAAAGAAGAGAGCUUUGAGAAGAACCGAAACUUGAGAUCAUCAGCAGCAGCUUCCCUGUUCUUUCGCUUUUCUUGUCGAGUAGUGUCGAGUAAACAAAGUUUCGAAGGUGGAAGAUAUCCUGUGGCCUACAAAUUCUGCGGAACCAUGUUGUCGUCCAUCAAGCGGAGCCUUGGAGGGGCUCGAAAAGGAGACAAGGUUGCAAUUGGGGGUGUUUCCCCAUCGCAAAAGUCCGUGGUUCUAGAUGAGCAGUCAGAACAGGGUCAAGGUCAGACCGCUGCUCCCUCUGUAGUGAUUCCCUGGGUUUUGCAGGAAGUCGCGGAUUCCAAGGUAGUAUUUCACGUCAACACCCCAAGCAGCGUCAGGAUUGAGCGGGACGUUGAGCUAAAGCUGCAUGCAGCGCGGCUGCUGGAGUGCUGGCAGGAGUACGGGGACUGGUUCCCAAAGGCCUUUGCGAAGGAGCUCCAGGCGUUGCUGAGCAGUUUUGACGAGGCAUGGAAGGAGAAGAGCGCGCGCAUCGCCUGCUUUCUGGCGCCUCUCUUUGCAGGAAAGGACACCGCUAUGCACAUCGCCAGGGACUCUCAUGAGGAGCUGUGGCCUUCCGUACUGGCGGAGAUUGAGCGGAACCAGAUGGUCCGCUCAACGGACUGGGCAUUCCCAGCGAAUGUGUCUCUGCGUGAUAGGACUGUGCACCUUCUUGGGCAUCUGGCUCGGCACAACCAGCAGAUUUGCAAUCUGUGCUACACGAGCGUUGAUGAGCAGCCGACCAAGAAUGCUAAGAAGAUGAUGAAGGUGGCUGAACAAUUGAUGGAAGAGAUUACCGCCUUCAACACGGAGGCAAGAACGGAGUGUGCCAAAAAUGCGCUCAAGCGAGCACCUUGGGAAGUGGAAGGGGGCAAAAAGAAGCCGCUGACAAAGCGUGUGGUCGAGAAGCUUUUCAAGUAG